AUGAUGGAUGAAAUGUAUGGUCUUCAUUCCAGCGGGGAUUAUUCAGACAAGGGGUUGAUGAUGUCACCAGAGAACUUGAUGAUGGCAGCGGCAGCAGCAGAUUACAACAGUUAUUCAAGCUUUAUGUUGUCCUCGUCCAGCGAUCACUAUUUACAUAAUCGGAUUAAUAAUAAUAAUAUGUUCGUGGGAGGAGGAGGAUCGGAUGACGGAGGCGCGGCGUCAGCAAGCGGGUUUCAGUGUUCGACGAUUUCGGAAGCAGCUUCAAUGACUCCUCAACAAAUCCCCAGGCUCAGCACCGGAGCUGAUGAUGAUGAUGAUGAUGAUGAUGAAGAAAAAGAAAACGAAGAAAAUGAAUAUAGUAUAAUCAAGGCCAAGAUUGCUUCUCAUCCUUCUUAUCCUAAACUUCUUCAUGCUUAUAUUGAUUGUCAAAAGGUGGGAGCUCCGCCGGAGAUAGCUAGCAUAUUGGAUGAGCUGAUUACAGAGAACGGGGGGUUUAUAAAAGAAAUAGCUGCUGCUAAUCAUAAUAAUACCACGUGUUUAGGAGCCGAUCCGGAGCUCGACGAAUUCAUGGAAAGCUACUGUAACAUCUUGGUGAAGUACAAGUCAGAUCUGUCCAGACCCUUUGAUGAAGCUACCACUUUCCUCAACAACAUCCAAUUCCAGCUCCGCCAUCUUUGUCGAGAUGACGGUGCAGAAGUGUCGUCGGAUGAUGAAUUCAGCGGCGGAGAGACAGACGCGCAAGACGCUCACACCAAGAAUGAAGAUCGAGAACUCAAGGAAAGGCUGAUGAAAAAAUAUGGAAAUCACAUUAGUACCUUAAAAUUGGAAUUCUCCAAGAAGAAGAAGAAAGGAAAACUCCCAAAGGAAGCCAGGCAAAUCUUAAUGGACUGGUGGAAUAUUCACUACAAAUGGCCCUACCCUACUGAGGCAGAUAAAAUAUCACUGGCGGAGACAACGGGACUUGAUCAGAAGCAGAUAAACAAUUGGUUCAUUAACCAGAGGAAGAGGCACUGGAAGCCAUCGGAGAACAUGCAGCUAGCUGUAAUGGAUAGUCUGACCGGUCAAUUUUUCGCUGAUGACUAA